AGUUGGCUCAUUAAAUUAAUUUUGCUCGAUUGCAGAUACUAUUUCGAGCCAAACGGUAUCUUAUAAGGAGUCAUGGCCGGACAGACGACGGUAGUCGUCAUAUCUGCCCUCAUUCUCUUGGGAAGCGGACUGUUCAGCUGGUGGAAAACCUCGACGAUCGACUUCUUGUUCUUGCUUGACACAUGUCUUAGUUCUCUGCCUGCUUCUGAUAUCAAGUCGAAUCUCUUAGCUUCAAUAAAGGACUUCACAAUGGCGGUGUCUUCCGCUGGUCAACUAUUCGGAAGCAUUGCCACCGUCAUCUUGGUCCAUAUCCAGCUUGCUUUGGCACAGAAUGUGUCUACAGGAUUCAGCCUCGGCGCUCGUGCUCUGGCGCCAUUGGACCCUCCUGUCAAGACUGCGGAUCCGCUGGGUACUUACGGUGUUGGCGUUCGAAGAGAGACGUACGAUUUCGAAGAUCGUCAGUUGAACGUGAGCUGGUGGUACCCAGCAAACACAGCCUCUGGUUGCAAGAUAUAUCUCGAAAGCGGCGGCAUAUACGGUACUGCUUGCUCGGAAGCGCCGUUGGAUACAUCGGGUGGACCAUACCCACUGAUCCUGUUCUCACCUGGCCUUGCUGCUCAUGAUGACACCUACUUCUUUUACUGUCAGAACCUUGCAAGUUAUGGAUAUAUCGUUGUCAGUAUCAAUCACCUGGAUGCUACCAAGGCUGCUGUUGCUGCCAAUCCAAUCGCAUACAUUUCGGCCAUUGUACAAGCACUUUUGAACAAUUCCAGUUGGACCGUCUGGCUGAUAUACUCCAACUGGUUCCGAUCUACACACUUUGCACUCACUUAUCGCCCACAAGAGCAGCAAUUCAUCCUCGACCAGGCCAUCGCGGCUGCUAGCAAUUCAUCGUCCUUCUUUAAUGGUAUGAUCGACACGAACAACAUUGGAAUGAGCGGCCAUUCCUUGGGCGGCUUCUACACCUUGAUUAAGGGAGGCGGCUUGGCAAUAUACUGUGAUAAACCACUAUCAGCCUCAGAGAGUAAUACUCAGAAUAUUCUUGUCACCGAAAUCAGCAUUUGUGCGUGGCCUGAGGCUAAGAACCUCACCUCUCCGCAGGCUCUACACGACCCACGCAUAAAAGCAAUAAUUUCCCUCGCUCCUCCUCUGUUCUUCCAGUCAGAGGAUGAGAUUUCACGAGCGGCAGCAGCCAUUAAAACACCCAUGAUGAUCAUAACCGGCAACGAUCCAAAGCUAGAAUCUACUCUUGCUCCUCAAGAACAAGUCUAUGAUUCUGCUACAACGCCAAAAUAUAUAGUCGAAAUAGAUAAUACCGAUCACUUACUAGUCAGUGAAGCCUACCAAUUCAAUAAAGGUCCUGGCUCCUUAAUCAGUGCGGAGGAUAAGGCGAACUUUACAGAAAAAGCCACUGUGUAUGAGGUUUACUCAAGUGCGUUCUUCGAUGUGUACUUGAAAAAUAUGACGGAAAGGAAGGGUGUCAUGCAUAGCAAGAGCUCGGAAUUUGUGGCUAAGCUUGAAUAUAAUGAUUAG